UGCUCCACAUGGCUCUGCAGAACCUGGUGUUCGUGGUGGACGUGGACCCGGCCCCGGGCCGGGCCGAACCGGUCCUGCUGAAGCGGGCGGUUCUGCUGACGCUGCUGCACUUCGGGUACCGGUUCGGGUUCGGCCGGGUCCGCUGGGGGUACCGCUUCUUCCGCUCCGGGCCCGGGACCGGGCCCGGUACCGGCCGGCCCGGCCCGCUCGGGUCCAGGUCCGACUUCAGGGAGGUUCGGAACCGAACCUUCCAGGACUUCGAGCUGGAGCUGGACCGGGCUGUCCAGAACCAGAACCAGAACCAGGGUCAGAACCAGAACCAGAACCAGAACCGGGCCGGUUCCGUCCACUCCGCCCUGAAGGAAACUCUGCUGGAUUUCCAGUGGGACCGACCAGAUAUUACCAGCCCGACCAAGCCGGUACCGAGACAGAACCGGAGGGCCGAGCCCGGAGGGUUCGGGUCCGGCUCCGGGCCCGGUCCGGCCCACGAGGACGACCCCGGCAGGAACCUGCUGUUCCUGGUGUCUCCGUGUCCCGGUCCCGGUCCCGGGUCAGGGACCCCGCUGGACGAGGACUGGGUCCUGCCCCGGAACCUGAACCACAUGCUGGUCCAGAGGAGGGUCACCCUGGUCUGGCUGGACAGCAGGUCCCGGGACCAGGUGGGGGUCUGCCAGGACCAGGUGGGGGUCUGCCAGGACCAGGUGUGUGAGGUCCUGGCCCCGGGGGGGGCCCGGCUGGUCCCCCUGGUGGCGCUGCUGGACCUCUGCUGCAGCUACGAGUCGGACCCCCGGCUCCGGAGAGACGCCUGGGGGUUCAGGUCCAGCGUGGGAUUCCUGCUGUCUCCGGAGAGGCCCUACGGCCGGGCCUUCCCUGCCCGGGGGGGAGUUCUGCAUUGGAGCCCAGAACCAGGUUCGGUGGUUCAGGUCUCGGUGGUCCUGGACCCGGUGGUCCUGGACCCGGUGGUCCUGGACCCGGUGGUCCUGGACCCGGUGGUCCUGGACCCGGUCUCCAGCAGGCAGACCCGUCUCCAGGACUCCGUCCAGGUCCGUCUCACGGCGGUGCUGCAGGACUGGGACUCGUCCUCGCUGACGCCGGCGUCCUCCGAGUCCUGGCUGCUCCGGGGCUGCGGCGGCGCUGACCCGGCAACCUUCCAGAACCUGCUGAGGGAGCUGGUCGCCCACCGGGCCCACAUGCUGGCCGAGGUGGACGUGGGUGGGCUGCUGUGCUCGGCCGUCCUGGCCCCCCUGUCCCAGUCCACGGCCCUGCUCACCGUCCUGCAGCCGGCCGUCCCUCUGCAGGACACGCCGGCCGUCCCUCUGCAGGACACGCCGGCCGUCCGUCUGCAGGACACGCCGGCCGUCCCUCUGCAGGACACGGCCGUCCGUCUGCAGGACACGCCGGCCGUCCCUCUGCAGGACAUGGCCGUCCCUCUGCAGGACACGGCCGUCCACGGCUCCAUGGACGGCAGCGCCGCGGAUCCGCCGGCCGACCUGCCCGCCGUGGUGAGCAGCGUUCUGGGAGUCGUGUACGACAUCAUGGACCAGGACAGCCACGCCCUCGAACCGGACCCCCCGGUCCCCGACUGGGCCCUGCAGGAACUCAACCACGGCCCCCCCAGCAGCAGCAUCCUGGAGACCUGGUUCCCUCAGUCGGACCAAUCAGGAGUCAGCUCUCACCUGAUGGAGUCGCUCAGGGUGCUGCACGCCGCCCCCCAGCCCGGACCAGAGGACGCCUCCCUCCUGCAGCAGGACCUGGUCUCCGGUCUCUCAGACCUGUACCGGCUGUCCCAGGACGGCCAGGACAAGACGGGCCGCAAACGCUCCGCCCACAUCACCCCCGUGAAGCAGAGGAUGAAGACCAUGAGCCGCUCGCUGCAGAUGCUGAACGUGGCCCGGCUCAACGUCAAGGCCCAGAAGAACCAGCCGGAACCAGAACCGGGCUCGGAGAAGCCCAGGAGACGCUCCGGGGACCGGGCCAGGCGGGGCCGGGCCGGCGCUAGCAGUUUCUCCAGCGAGGACGAGUUGCUCGUCCACCUGAGGACGGUCUACCAGAAGACCCUGGAGACGGAGACGGACGUCGCGCUAACGACAGCCGUGAAGCAGCUGGUGGAGACGGCAGAGACAUUCUACACCGCCCAGGACGGACAGUCCCGGGCCUCGUCCUUGGUCCAGAAGCACCUGCUGAAGACGGGCCGGUCCCUGCGGCAGCAGCACGGCGCCGGCGCCGACGUCCAGGGGAAAGUCCGAGAGUGCCAGAUCCAGGCGGCGUUGAGGCUGCAGCUGUGCAGCGUUGCCGCGGCGACGCCGCCCACCGACACGCUGGACGCCGAGCAGAUGGCAGAGGAGGCGGCUGAGAUGCUGCGGAUCAUCUCCCUGACCAGAGACCCCGUCUACCUGUCGCGCUUCCUGCAGGACGAGCUGCUGCCGGGGUUCCUGGCGGCGGCCCCCAGGGUCCUGGCCGACAUCUACCACAGCCUGGGCUCCGCCCUGCCGCCGGCGCUGCUGGCCGCUCUGCCCCCGGGCUUCCUCAGCGACGACUCGGUGGCCCGGGACAGCGUCUCCCCGCCGGCCCCCGGGCCGCCCGGGCCCCCGGCCCCCGGGACCGGCCCGGCCCCGGAGGACGGCCUGCAGGACCUGCGGGAGUCCAGCAGGAGGAGGACCGGGAUGUUGACCCGCCACCGCAGCAUGACGGAGUCGUCGCAGAGCUUCCGCCAGAUCCAGGUCCCCAAGAAGACCCGGUGUAAACCUGGGGUGUCUAAACCUGCGGUGUCUAAACCUGCGGAGUCUGCUGGGCCGGAGGAUCCGGGUCCAGGUCCAGGUCUCAAACCGCCCCCUCAGAAACAGGAAGCAGAGGUGACCAGGGUGAGGAGGAACCUCUUCAACCAGGAAGUGACUUCUCCCUCCAAGAGGAGGAAGCUGCCGAGGAGCCAGUCUGUGUCGGCCGUGGAGCGGAUGAAGAAACGCAAGCGGUCCGAGGACGGAGAGCGACACCAACUCCUGACGGAGCAGGUCUGCGAGACGCCGCUGCACAAGCAGGUGUCCAGCCGCCUCCGGCACCGGCAGCAGCUGGGCAGGUCGGCCGAGGCCAGCGAGGGGUCGGUGGUGGAGGAAUCUCCGCUGAAACCUGCAGGAGACCUGCGGCGGAGCCCACGGGUCAGGCCGGUUUCCCGAAGACACACCUUCUACUCCAGCUCUCAGGGCCGGUCCCGCAACCUGGACCGGGCCCUGUCCGCCUCCCAGCUCCUGGACCGGGCCCCGUCCUCCUCCCAGCUCCUGGACCGGGCCCUGUCCUCCUCCCAGCUCCUGGACCGGGCCCCGUCCUCCUCGCAGCUCCUGGACCGGGCCCCGUCCUCCUCGCAGCUCCUGGACCGGGCCCCGUCCUCCUCGCAGCUCCCCCAGCUCGGACCCAGACACCUCAGACCCCGUGACGCUAAAGCGCCCUGGUCUCCCAUGCGUCUACUGUUCGGAGCUGCUGAUUCUCCCGUACGUCCCUCCAACCAGCCUGGGGGGACCGGCAGGACCAGCAGGACCAGCAGGGGACCGUCCACCGACUCCAGCGUCUUUGAGAGUCCAAACAAAAUCCCGGAGACGCCCCCCAGGAAACACACCCCCCUGAAGACCCCCCUGAAAACCCCCCUGAAGACGCCCCUGGAGAGUCCCCUGAAGACCCCCCUGAAGAGUCCCCUGAGGGGGAUCCUCCGGAGUCCCCUGAGGACCCCCCUGAAGACCCCCCUGAAGAGUCCCCUGAGGGGGAUCCUCCGGAGUCCCCUGAGGACCCCCCUGGAGAGUCCCCUGAGGGGGAUCCUCCGGAGUCCCCUGAAGACCCCCCUGAAAACCCCCCUGGAGAGUCCCCUGAGGGGGAUCCUCCGGAGUCCCCUCAAGGCUCUGGUGCAGCCCGACCCCUCUUCUGGAUCAGGUCUUAGCAGUCCAGUUUCCAAGACCCCCAAGAAGAGCGUGACCUGGUCCCCGUCUCCCAAGAGGUGGAGACCAGUGGAGGCCGGUGGAACCUUCAAGGUGCCGGAGUCCCCUAGCGCCGCCCCCCUCAGUUCUCCGGGCCCCGUGAGGACCCCCAGUCCUGGACACAUGGACCCUCAGGUGAACCUGAUGAGGAUCCCACGCGCCCUGCUGACCCCAGAGAAGGGGGUUCUGGAGGCCACCAGGUCCGGUGAGGGAAAGAGCUUUGGACCUGACCAGGGCGAGGUCCAGGGCGAGGCCUCGUCCCCCUCCGAGACGGACUCCAGUGUCCAGACCGGGUCCCAGACCGGCGAGUCCUCGCAGGACCGCUCCGCCAGCACGGAGGACGACAGUCUGGACAUCGUGGACGCCGCCGUGGUGAAGACGCGCUUCAGCGGCGGCUUGACCAUGAACAUCAGCUUCUCCAGGAGGCCCUCGUGGUCCGAGACGCGCUCGCCCACCCGGGUCACGCCCACCCGCGGCGCCGCCGGACGGACCUACGGCUUCCGCCAGACCCCCGACCGCCAGCAGAGGGAGGCGGCGGCCCGCCUGGGCUACGACUCCCCGCGGGUCUCCACCCCCCGGGGUCCCCGGCCCGCCGGGUCCGCCGCCGGGGCCGCCCUCACCUACCAGGUGGAGAUGGAGAUGCAGAGCUCAGGAAUCCCCAAACUCAAGAUCAAGCGCACGGACUCCUUGAGCGGCCGGGACGGCCCCCCGGAGGACGGCCCCCCGGAGAAACCCCGCCCAGAACCCCCCGCGGCCCUGGUACCCCGACCCAGGGACUCUGGCUGCGUCUCCCCGUCCGUCUGCGCCCACGUGACCCCGGCCAAGGCGGCGCCCGGGCCCGGCGGCGGGGUGCAGACGUACAUCUGCCAGUCCUACACCCCCACGCGCCACGCGGCCCCCACGGCGUCCCCGGUCCCGACCCCCGACCCGGGGCCCGUGACGCCGCCGGACGGCCUCAACAGCUGGCCGCGCAGGAAGAGGGCGGUGAGGGGCAUUGUGGGUAAGGAGCGCGGGCCGAGGGCGGAGCUGCUGCUGGAGGAGGCGGAGCUCGGCGUGGGCCGCCUGCAGGACCCGGACCAGCCAGACCCGGGUUCCCCGCUGCAGGACCUGGACUGGAUGGAGGCCCUGGGGGACGACCCGGUCCGGUUCUGCCAGACCGGCCCCAAGUCCACUGUGACUCCGCCCCCCUGCAAGGCCCGGAGGCCCGUGACGGCCAGCGGGAUUCUGGCGCUGACCCGGUCUCCGCUGCUGUUCCAGACCAGAACCAGCUCGGCCCGCAAGAGACCUGCCGGUGAAACUUCUCCGCUGACGGGACCAGAGGGGGCGGAGCCGUCCCCCGUCCAGCCAAUCAGACGCUCCAGAACCGGGACGAGCUACAGCAGGAAGAGACUCCUCCAAUAG